UAUAUUUAAAAAAUUGAUAUUUUUGUAACAAUAUAAUUAGGUAUUGUUUGAAAAUUCAAAAAAUCUCAAACAACACUAAAAGAGUUUCGAAACUAAGAGCAUUUCUAUGGAGUGUGUUACAGUGUGAUCUUCCUCAACCUUCGACUACCUGCUAAUUUCAUUCCCCAAACCCCAUUAGUUAUUCAGAGUUUUCUAGGUAAACUAAAAAUCAUGGGUGUAAAGAAAUUACUUAACAAGGGUUUAGGAGAAAUGGGCUUUAACGCCGGCGGCGGUGUCAUCAAUUGGUUCCCUGGUCACAUGGCUGCAGCUUCCCGCGCCAUUAGAAAUCGACUCAAGCAAGCUGACCUUGUCCUUGAGGUACGCGAUGCUCGAAUACCCUUGUCCUCUGCUAAUCAGGAUCUUCAAUCUCAUCUCUCUGCUAAAAGACGUGUUAUUGCUCUCAAUAAGAAGGACCUUGCCAAUCCCAAUAUCAUGCCGAAAUGGGUUCGUCAUUUUGAAUCGUUUCAACAAGAUUGUAUACCCAUUAAUGCACACAGUAAGACUUCAGUUAAGAAGCUUCUUGAGGUUGUGGAGUUUAAAUUGAAAGAAGCCAUUUUGAAAGAGCCAACUUUGCUUGUUAUGGUUGUUGGGGUUCCUAAUGUUGGAAAAUCUGCUUUGAUAAAUUCCAUACAUCAAAUUGCCUCGUCUUAUUUUCCUGUUCAAGGGAAGAAUAAGAGAGCAACUGUUGGUCCUCUGCCUGGUGUUACUCAAGAUAUUGCUGGUUUUAAGAUUGCUCAUCAGCCGAGCAUAUAUGUAUUGGACACUCCCGGUGUACUGGUUCCAAGUAUCCCAGAUAUAGAGACAGGAUUAAAGCUUGCUCUUGCAGGGUCUGUGAAAGAUUCAGUGGUUGGAGAAGAGCGUAUUGCCCAGUACUUACUUGCAGUGUUAAAUACCCGACGGACUCCUUUUCAUUGGAAGCACUGGAACAACAGGAGAGCAGAAGGGAUUCAAUAUGAUGCUGCUGAAACUGUGGAACACAGCCUUAAAGAUCUUCGGUCACGGAGGAAAACACUGGAUAAGUCUAGUGUCCGGUACAUUGAGGAUAUUGUUGCAGAAGUACAACAUGCAUUAUAUUUGAGUGUGUCGGAAUUUAAUGGCAAUUUGGAAGAUGAAAAUGACUUGGAGUGUCUUAUAGAGCAACAGUUUGAAACUCUGCAGAAAGCACUGAAGAUACCCCAUAAAGCCUCUGAAGCUCGUCUAAUGGUAUCAAAAAAGUUUCUAACACUUUUCAGGACUGGUAAACUUGGUCCUUUUAUUCUUGAUGAUGUUCCUGACUCUUAAUUUAAUAUGCUUCAUCAAAUAUAUAGAAUGUAGUUUCUUUGAGGUUCUUUCUUUUUUUUUUCUCCUUUGUUAAUAUUAUUGUUUGAUUUGAUCUAAUUUAGAUAAAAAAGACACUAACUUAGUUUAAUCAAAUAUUUUACACUCUAAUUUGUGAAUGGUAGAGCUAAAACACACUUAUAACAUUGUGCUAGCACAAAUAUAACAUUGUGCUAAAUUUGGCACACAAUAAAUGUACCUUUUUAUUUACAAUUUUGCUAUAAUCAUUAAUUAGUGUCGUCAAUACAUAUUUUAUAAUUAUAAUAUUGCUAUUAAUUUUUUUAAAAGAAAAAUUUAAUUUAUUGUUAUAAUAAUUAUUUUUUUUAGGGAAAUUAUCUCAUAUACUAUUUUUUUAACCAUUUUUUUUUUAAAAAAAAUUUACGGUUUGGGUUUCUAAAGUGAUUGCAGUGCUAGUUGCAGUAGGAAUUUCUGUACGAUUUUUUGUUGCAAUUUAGGUUGCAGCGCUAGUUGCAAUAGGGAUUUCUAUGCCUAAUUCAGUAAAAAUACAAAAAAAGUUGUUUUGAAGUGUAAAAAUGAAGAAGUCCCCUUUUUUUCUAUCAAUUUGCAUUUUAAAAUAGCGUAUGAGAGAGCUAAAAGCUUGACACAACUUAAGAAUAAUCAAUAAUUUUUUCUUUUAAAAUUCCAAUCCUUGGCAUAAGCCCUCCUCAUGGCUUUGCUCUUGGUGUUAUAUUUACCCAUAAUUACUUAUACAAAUGGAGAUCUUAUUCAUGCUUAUAUAGUUGACAACACUAGAUGGUUUUUAUUGGUUUGUCUUUGAACCAAUAGAAAAUACUUGUUGUCUUUUACUGCUCUAUUUUUUUUUUCUUUUUUAAUAUUUCUACUAGUAUAUGUUUGCUGCUCUACUGCUUCUAUUAGGUUGUGUUCUCUUUCUAUUUGGUUGUUUAAGUUGAAAAAAUUGUAGUGAUAAUGUUUGAGUGCAUAUUUAGGUGCAUAUGUCAGUCUUCCUUAACCACAUACGAGCUGUCUUUGAUCAUAAAUCAAAGAGCUCAUUUAUGACCGUAGAUAUGCUCUACCGAAUAAAUAUGCCAUUCCCAACCGUCGAUGGCAACCCCAUUUAUUCCGGCCCAAAAAUUGAGCCUUUGUGAGAUAGGAUCCCGCAUUGACCAAGUGUUAAGCAAAAAUUUUACAUUUAGACUAUAAAAUAAUGCAAAACACAAUUUUAUCUAUGCUAAAUUCAUAGAAUAAGAUUUGUUAAUUUUAAGUUCAACCCAUGCAAGAUUAUAAAAAUAAUCUCUUAAUUACAUUGGGGUAAAUUUGGAAUUGCAUACAUACAUUAUGUGUAGAAGGAUCAAACUACUUGUAGUGAAGAAUACACUGUUUUAGAAAUUGAAUAUAAGGAUCCAGUAGAUGACCACUUUCGGGAAUCCUUUGCUAUUUGAAAAUUUGGAAAAAUUCCUAAGUGUAUGACUUUUUAUGGAAUUUUGAAAUUUAUAUUUUAUAUCAUUUUGUGGUAUCGGCGACUGCACUCAGUCCUAGCAACUAAGUUGCCUAUGUAUCUUUUUAUAGGAAUCAAAUCAAAUUUUUUUUAUGAGGUGAGUCACCUCUUUUUUUGGAAUGCCAUUUAAUUUGUUA